AUGAAAGUUCUCGUGAUCUGCCUCAUUGCCCUUAUCCACUUUUGCCCUGCAUCAGCAGCUUCUUCUGCGGAAGAACCUGCCUCAAGGGAUCCGUUAGUCGCCCCCACAGGCGAGCAUUGCGAUGAAAAUGAAAGUUCCUUUAGUGUAUCUUCGUCUGCAGUUAAGCCAGGUGCUCCCGCUGUGGUGCCCAGACACCUCCAGGCUUGGAGAUCCCGUGGGGGAGUGAAUACAGGAGGGUACGCUAGUGGCUAUACAACCGGCUACAGCAGCCCUGCAUCCUCUUCAUACAGUUCACCCACUUAUGCGAUGCGUACCGGCAGCAGUAGCAGUUCGUAUACCCCGACAUACAGCGGCUCAACGACAUACGGCCGCGCAAUGCCCACCUACAGUACCGGUGUCACCUACCCCUCCACCACCUCCAGCAGCGGAACGACUUACUACAGCAGUGGUAGCAGCGGCGGUUCGUACAGCGGAACGACGUACACAGGAAGUAGUGGUGGCCCAUAUGCUGGAACUGCCUACAGCUCAGGCACCCCAUACACCGGAAGCGUAUACACGACAGGAGGCGGAACUCCUUACAGCGGUAGCAGCGGCAGUACGUAUUCUGCAAACACCAUAGGUAGCCCCACCACAUAUACGCAGUACUCUGGGGGCACUCGCAUGGGCAGCAGCAGUUCGUACAUGGAUUCCAGCGGCAGCUCAUACAUAAGCGCCAGCAGCGGUCAACCCACGUACAGCAGUGGGACAUACACGCAAUCGAGCCAGCCAUAUGCGGGGGGAAGUGCACCUGCUACAGGCGGUGCAUACAGCAGCUCUGUUGUGGGGGGACCGCGAACCUUCAUGACCAGUUCCUCGACCGGCAGCCGCAGCGCCUACCACAGUACUAGCGGUGGCAUUAGGGGAUACCCUGGAAGCCGUACUAACGCAAACGCUACCAUGUCACCAGUGUACAGCAGUAUCGGCAGCAGCGGCAGCACAAUCGCGAGCCCUACAGGCUCCCAGACUUACAGCACGACUGGUGUAGAAGGGGGAAGCGGCGCGUUGCGUUCGAGAUCUGGUAUACCGACAGCAGGCUCCUCCUUCAGCAGUGGCGUGCACUCUGCUGCACCCGUCACACCUGGUCUCCAUGCAGGGACCACAGGAGCUGUCGGAAUGCCUAUUGGGAUGUCUACCGCGUCAUCCAGCUCGAAUACACACCUCCCGCUUGGUGCUGUUCCACCUUCGGACCCCACCCGAGCAAGAGGCAACAGCAGUUUCCGCGCCUUUGGGGGAGCGUCUGAGGAUGAUCCGUUACCGGCUGGUGAAGAUGGGAGCACAAUAUAUUACUUGCGAGAGGCUGACGGCUCACUUACUCCCCUGGAGCCGCCGCCGUACGACCAAAUGAAACCAGACUCGUAUUACACUGAUCUUUACCUGACAGACAGGCCCAUUAGGUUUGAGAACCAAACCAACAAGGAGCAACAGUUCAAGAGAGAACUGGAAAAGGCGCACUUAUCGAAUGUAGAGAGCGAAAGAGAACAGCCAACGCAAGGCGUCAUGAGCCUCCCCGUGGCGGAAGAGAAGAAAGGGGUGAUGGGGCGCUAG